UUUUUAUGAUAAAUUCUAAUUUUAUUUUAUUUUGAAAUUUUAACAUUUAACUUAUAGUAUGUUUAGUUCAAAUGUUAAUAGUGAUGAUUUGCAUUUUCCAGAACAAUGUACUGAAAUAAGUAGAGAAGAUAAUGAUAGAAAUCAAUUAAUUGAAGUAGAAUUAGAAGAUACAAAACAAUGGUUCAAAACAAGAUAUAUCCUAGGUAUUAUGGGAUUUUUGGGGUUUGCAAAUGUAUAUGCGAUGCGAGUAAAUCUUUCUAUUGCUAUUGUAGCAAUGGUAAACAAUUCUGCGAUAUCACAUGAAAAUUAUACAGUCAGGAAUUUGCUGCCCAGAGCAGCUGUUAAUACUGCAAAUUUAGGAGAAGGAGAAUUUGCUUGGGAUGAAGCCACUCAAGGUGUGAUAUUAGGAUCUUUCUUCUAUGGCUAUGUUUUAACGCAGAUUCCUGGUGGUCGUUUAGCAGAAAUAUUUGGUGGAAAACUCAUCUAUGGUUUGGGAGUUUUUAUUACUGCGGUAUUCACACUUCUCACUCCCAUAGCAGCUAGAGUUAAUUAUUGGCUUCUUCUCGUUGUUAGAAUUUUAGAAGGUGUUGGGGAAGGUGUUACUUUUCCAGCAAUGCAUGCCAUGCUUGCGAAAUGGAUUCCGCCACUGGAGAGAAGUAAAUUUGCUGCUUAUGUUUAUGCAGGAACUCACUUCGGAACAAUAGUUUCUUUGCCAUUAACGGGUUGGUUAUGUACAUUAGAUUUAUAUGGAGGAUGGCCACUAGCAUUUUAUCUAUUUGGCAUAUUAGGUAUUAUAUGGUUUAUUGUUUGGCUCUAUCUGGUAUUUGAUAGUCCAGUAGCUCAUCCAAGAAUUUCAAUUGAAGAAAGAAAUUAUAUUUUGGCAGCAGUAGGACCUCAGGAUCCAGACGAUUUUGGGGAUGGAGUACCAUGGCGUUCAAUUUUGAGUUGUUUACCCUUAUAUGCUAUUCUAGUAACACAAUGCGGGCAAGCUUGGGCUUUUUAUACAAACUUAACAGAGCUUCCAACUUACAUGCAAAAUAUAUUGCAUUUUGAAAUUGAACAGAAUGCUAUAAUGAUGUGUCUUCCCUAUAUGUCGGCAUGGAUAUGUGGAGUAAUAUUUAGUACACUGGCGAGUUGGAUUUUAGCUAAAGGAUAUCUAUCCCAAGUUACUUCAAUGAAAGUAUUUAACUCUCUAGCUUCCGCGGUUCCGUCUUUAGGCCUGCUGGCAAUAGCAUGGGCUGGGGCACAACCAACCGUGGUACUAACUCUGUUAGCACUCACUGGUGGUUUUACAGGUGCUCAAUAUGCAGGGAACCAAAUGAACCACAUUGCAUUGGCGCCGCGUUAUGCGGGUACUAUGUACGGAAUUACCAAUGCUGUCAGUAAUACUUGUGGAUUUUUAGCUCCAUAUGCAAUCGGAUUACUGAUCAAUGGGAAUGAGACGGUCGAUCAAUGGCGUAUAGUAUUCUACUUAGCCGCGACCAUAAAUAUGACUUGUAAUUUGUUCUAUGUAUGUUUUGCUUCGGCCGAUGAGCAGCCUUGGUCUAGAAAUCCAAUAUCCAGAUUGCGGUGACCGAAUCAUAUAUUGUCUAAAUUGAUUUUUUUUAUAUUAUUCCUAGAUCAAUUUUCUUGGUUUUCUGAUUCAUGUUAUGUGUGUUCACAUAUUCAAACCAUUUGAAAACCUUGUUUUAUAAAUCAUAUUUUAUAUAAUCACAGAUCACAU